UCGGUUCGAGAAAGCUGCAUAUUUACCUCCCAGCUCUUCGGGGUGGCUCAGGUGUGAUCAGACGAUUAUUAUGUUCCGAGUAAUCCCUGAUGCUGGCUAGAUGGAGGGCUGAGGAGAGGAGCAUCGUGGCGCGUUUGCGGUCACUUUGAUGCGAGAAAAUCCGAUCUAAUCCAUUUGAUAUUAUUGGUAUCAUGAAUACGGCCGAACUGUCACCCCGUCGCCGGAGAAGACGCUUUCUGGUCGGCUACGAAGAAGGGGACCUACCCGUAAAGAGGGAACCCGAUGAAGAUAUUAAGGACUAUGCUGAAACGACAAUGAACGAACUGCUAGGGUGGUAUGGCUAUGAGAAGGUAGACAGCCGAGACACUCAGGGCUUGAAUCUGACCCAUUUUGCCUCCAAUAAUUCAUCCACGACCGGGAACAACAACCCUUCCAGCAACGGAGUGUCUCCCCCUUCCUCCGCCAUGGAAGGCAGCGACGUGUCAGAAGAUGCCGCCUCCCACCACGAGGGACUGGACGAACCAACCAGGUUGAGGUCCGAGAGCAUCAGCCCAGGUCAGGAUGUUUCUUCUACAGCAUCUGAUGAGGUAGCAAGACAGCAUCAACAGAUGGUGUCGGCCCUUUCAACAAUAACUAAACAUCCCGGUGCACCUGAUUCGCCAAAUCUUCCCCCAGGAUGCAUCGUUUGUGCGUGGUGUCAAAAAGUCGGAAUGAAACUGUUUACUUUAAAGACACCGAAUGGAUGUAAGGCAUUUUGCAGUGAGCUGUGCUUUACUCAGUGUCGAAGAGCGUCAUUCAAAAAGAAUAAAAUCUGUGAUUGGUGCAAACAUGUCAGACACACUGUAAAUUACGUUGAUUUCCAAGACGGAGAACAACAGCUGCAAUUUUGUAGUGAUAAGUGCUUAAAUCAAUACAAAAUGAACAUUUUCUGCAAGGAAACGCAGGCACACCUGCAGAUGCACACGCAUUUGAAAGAGGCUGCCUGUAAAAUGGCUGCCUCAGGUUCUGUGAAUUUAAUAACUCCAGAAUUAUGGCUCAGAGACUGCAAAACCAAUGGUAAUGCCCUUUCACCUCACGACGCAAUAGAGGGUAUAGAGGACAUCACCUCUGAUGGUAACUUAUCUGCUGCUCCUUCCCCAUCUCCGGUUCUUGAAUCACCAGUGCCACCACCAGCACCUCUAAUUGUGAAAGAAAAGAAGGACCAUAAACCAGAACAGCUCCAUAUUGAGAAAGAAAGAGACAAACCUUCAAAGAAGGCUUCAAAUAAGCAUUCCCCUAAGAAACAUAGUGGAGAAUCAAAAUCUCACCACUCUAAAAUCUAUCGAGAAAAGAAAACUAAUGGGCAUAUUCAAGCUAAUGAACCUCUAAUGAAUUCAAGACGUUCUCCAAUACAAGCAUCACCUCCAGCUCACCUUCGUAGUAGCCAGUCUACGAAUGGAACACAUUCCCUUCUAUCGCCACCUCCUGUUGGACAUAUACCUCGACGGCAUCCUCAUAUGGGAUUGCCCCCUCGGCCCUGUCCUCCGGUGCCAUCACCCAUGGGAAUAGGAAGUAUGGAUCCUAACAGACAACAACCAUUUCUACCGAACAAUGUAAUGCCGCCUCCAUUCCAGUUUCUAGCUCAACAGCAAAUGGAGGCAUUUUUCAGAUCCCAGCAUGGAUUGGAUAUGAGAUCAAAAAUUCCUCCUCCAUUACCUUUACCUCCUUGGGGAAUGCCAACCUAUCCUCAUCCACCUCCACCACCACAUUUGCCACCCCCACCUUUGAAUUCGAAAAGUCCUUCACUGCCCCAUUCCUCACCACCUUCUCGAAAUCACCACCAAAGUCAGAACUCUUCCUCCAAAAAUAACAGUCACCAUAAUAAACAUAGACACAGCAGGCAUGCAUCUGGACAUACCAAUAGUAGUAAUGGUACUGCUCAUUCCAAGACGCCUGUUCACCCAGAAAUUCCGCUUCCUCUUCCGCCUUCCCUUCCACCUGUGACUGUCAUGGUUCCAUUCCCUAUUGUGCUGCCUGUACCAUUGCCGAUUCCAGUACCCAUACCUAUUCCUCCAGACAUUAUGAAAAAAUAUGCCAAAUCGAAAUCUGAGAAAACACAUUCCACUUCUGAGGCAAACAGCUUCGAAGCAAACUCUAAACCUGAGCAAAGCAGUCAGCGGAAAAGAAAAGAUUCCUUUGAAUUUUCAAAACAAAAGAAAAGACGAAAAAUAUCUGUGAAUGCUGAUACCACAGGACACGCAUCAUUGACACAUAACUCUGAAAUCGAGAUGGUUGAAAGGCACGAUCCAUCUGAAAAAUACUGUGCCACGGCAGAAAAUUUAUCUUACAGACUUUCGGAAACUCCAAAUGCUGGGCAUCCAAACCAAGGUUCAUCAAUUGCUAAAGCUCCACGAACUGAUCCUGAUGUAGAAUCAAGAAGUUAUUCUCCACUCUCGGAACCUGUAAGCAGCAAUGAAGAAGAAUACAGCGAGAGAUCAAUAAAAAAUGGCGAACUUGAUGAAUUUUCCAACAUAAACUUUUCCAAUUUUAAUCUCAAUCUUGUGCGAUCUAGUCCUUUACUUCUAUCGCAAGCAGCUGAGAGACAUUUGCACAUUGGAGCGAAUGAUAAUCCAGAUAACUGUAACAGCCAGUCUCCAACUAACUUAUCUAUGAAAGACAAACAUAAUUUAAUGUCUUCCAACCCUGUUAAUUUCAAAAAGAAACAUUUGCAUGAUCAGUUGAGUUUGAUGACGUAAAUGUGCUAUGUGAUGUUUUCUGUAUUAUAA